GUUCCUCGCAAAGCUGGAAAGCGGCGACCUCGUCCUGGAGAUGGAUCUGAUUACUUCGUGCCAGAACAAGGACGAGAAGUGGCAUCCGCGAGACAAUGCAUGCUUGGCCGAGAUUCUGAACAGCUUGGCAGCUGACAAGGACGGGAAAGGCGGCACGGCGACAACCGACUCCAAGAUGGCCGAUGCCAAGGCAGCUUUGGACAAUCAGGCUUACCAGCUCAUGGUGGAGGAGAUCGGCUACGACGAACAGUGUCUGGACGUCUACCAGCGGAAGCUCCAGGACUUUGCCGUGCGUGUCAUUCACCAGAAGGACACAUGGCUGAAAAAGCGGCUGGACCGGGCCUCCGAUGCAGCACGGCAGUGGUGGGACACGAAG